ACGUCAUUUUUAGCUCCAAACAUAAAAACAUAUGAAUUACAAACAAAAAAAAGCGACCCAUUCAAAAAGGAGAAUUCGAUGGGGUGUUCAAACUAUAAGAGCCUCCUCUAGAUCUAGAUUCUAGACCUUCUCUAACUCUAGGUACAAGUCUAGAUCUCUACAUUCUACAUUGUAAACUAUUCGUCUAGAUUUAAUCUAUGAAAUCUAUCUAUAGACUCUAAGUCUAGAUCUUCUUCUUCUUUGGUUUAUAAUUAUACUGAACUUGAAGUUACUCAGACUCAUUUAUAAAUCUUCUAAAUUGUGAAUUUCUAAACAUUACCAAGUGCAUACAAAUGCAUUCCAAUGGUAUUGUUUAUGUGUGUAUAGUAUUUACUUUAUGCAACUUACCUUUAGUAGUCUUUGGUAAAGAGAAAACAAAAGGCAAAAAUAAAAAUGUUGCUGAUAAUAUGGAAACCUUGCCCAAGGAGGAGCAAACUGAAUACUUCACUAUUCAGAAGGAGGUUGUUGUCAUUGGAUCUGGAAUAGCUGGUCUAGCUGCAGCUAGGAGAGUGGCAUCAGAUCAGUCUAACUUUUCUGUGGCAGUUUAUGAAGCCAGACGAGAUCGCUUUGGUGGCCGUGUCUGGACUGAUAAAUUUGAAGAUAAAAAUGCCAGAGGAUUGGCUGUUGAUCUUGGGGGAUCAGGACUAAAUGUUGUGUCCAAAAACAAUCCAUUGAUUGAAUUGGCAGAAAGUUUUGACCUGAAAUCUAUAUCCUUAGACAGCCUUCAGUUUAUUGUCCCUUGGGAACAAAAAGUCUACAGCAGAGAUGAUCUUUCUGAAAUUACCAACAAAGCUUUUCAGAUUCUAGGCAAGGCUUUAAAUGAAAGUAAGUCAAUGAAACUUGAUGUGUCUGUCAAAGAUGCAGUAGAUAAAGUUCUCAAAGCAGAGCAACUAUUAGAGAGGCCUGAAGCUUAUUUUGUUCGAUGUUUGCCAUCUUACAUUCUUGGAGAUUACUCUAUGCAUCAAUAUAAACCUGAACAUUUAGACAUUGGCUAUGAGAAAGUUUUGUUGGAUGGCAUGGGUGAAUUGGUAGACAGAUUGCUGAGUGGAUCCCCCGAUGAAGCACCACUACAUCUCUAUCUGAACAAAGCUGCAAGACAAAUUAAAGUUGAUAAGAAACGUCACAAAGUUUUGGUGCGGUUCCAAGAUGGUUCCCAGGUGUCAGCUGACAGGCUUGUGGUUGCAGUGCCUUCUUCAGUCGUUAGAGAUGGUGAUUUGUUGUUUGAGCCUCCUCUUCCAAAGCAUUAUCAUCUUGCUAUAAAGGAGAUUGGAAUGUCUGCAGGGGAUAAAAUUAUUGUUCAGUUUGAGCAUGCCUUUUGGUCCAAUGAUUAUGGUGUAUUUAUCAGAGCUGUGAAGGAAAAGGUAAAGAUUGGUCAGCUUCAAACAUGGAUCAACAUCAAACGUUUAGCUGGUGUCAACACUUUAGCAAGUUUUCUGACUGGAGAUGCGGCCGUAAGGUUUGAAAAGCUGACUGAGGAGAAUGCCAAACAAUUAGUUCUGGAUGUUUUGAUUGAGAUGUUUGGUGAGGAAAAAGUACUUACUGGGGGAAAGAUUGUCAAGUUUCAGAGAUCCAAAUGGGUAUCAGAUGAAUUUUCUAAAGGUGCCAGCACAUAUCCUAAAGUUGGAAGUGAUCCUGCCUUAUGGGAUACCUUUGCCCAACCCUUGUGUCCAUACAUUUACUUUGCAGGAGAACACACAUUAUUUGAUGGCCAUGGUUCUCUGCAUGGUGCUUACAACUCUGGCAUCCGUGCAGGGGAUCAGAUAAUGACAGGGCUCUGUGAGAAACAGAGGAAAGAGAAAGAACGCCUCAAAGUAGAGGAAAAAAAGAAGAAAGAAGCCAAUGAGACAGAUAGUGCAGAGGAAGAAGAUACAGAUGAAGAAGAUGAGGAAAUUAGUGAUAAAAAGAGAAGUAAGAAAGAUAAGUCCAAAGACGAAGGUGAUAAAAAGAAAGUACAGAAAGACAAAAAUAAAAUUAAAAAAGACAAGAAAAAAGAUGAAUUGUAAUAUAGCUAGUGGCAUGGAUCCUUUCAUUUUGGGUUGUAUUUGUAAUAGGGUGUAUAUGGUACUUGAGUGAGAUAUUGUGAAUGGUAGUGAUACAAUGAAUAGAUAUAAAAGUCCUUGCAUUUUGUUAUUGUUUUUAUUUUUAUAUACUUUCACAUUCCAAUGAUUAUAAAUGUAAAAGUUAUUCUUGACACUGGAAUGGCUGCCUCGUUUUUCUUACCACUCUCAACAUUUCAUGUUGGUUAUAAUGAAGUGUAACUUGCUAAACAUUGAAUGAUUACAAAUGUUGAAGUAUUUAGUUUACCCUUAUCAGUUUCAUUCUCAUGUUGUUAUAUAUCAUUGAAAUGAACUUCUUGUUUUGUUACAUUGACUUCAUCUUUACAAAAUAAAGGAAAGUAAAUAGAAAGACUAUGUCUUGAGAUUUUGUAUGCUGAUUUUUGAUACAGAGUCUGAAAUUCAGUACUGAUAUAAAUAUUUGUGAAACUUAUUUUUAUGUAACUCUUUCGUGAAUAAAACAAUUUUAAAUGAUCAAAGUA